GUGAGGUGGCCGCUCGCUUCAGCUCAGCACCCCGGGCCAACCCUGCCCCUGAAACUGCCCGCCGGCUUCCUGCGAGUUGUUUUUCCGUCAGACGCUAUGGUGGAGGUUCAGUUAUUUAAGAAAAUAAUCCGUCACGGUACCGUUUUGUGCCUUAGCAAAUGUUAUUUUAAGGGCUCGGUGGGCUUUGGUUUGUAUAACCAGGUGAAAUACUUUCGAGGGAUGCUGAUGAGUCUCGUUCAAUUUACCUCUAGAAGGCUGGUUUCCCAAGUGUAUUCUGGAUUUAAGGCUGCCUCUUCAAAGAAACAGAAGUUUUGCUGGGAAAUGGCUCGUCCCAGUUCAAAUAUGGCCGAUUUUCGAGAAGUGUUUGCCAAAGCGAAGCAUAUAGCCAUUAUCACAGGAGCCGGCGUCAGUGCGGAGAGUGGAGUUCCUACUUUCAGAGGGGCUGGAGGUUUCUGGAGAAAGUGGCAAGCCCAGGAGCUGGCUACUCCGGAGGCUUUUGCACGAAACCCUUCUCGUGUAUGGGAAUUUUACCAUUACCGCCGGGAAGUGAUGUUGAGUAAACAUCCAAAUCCUGCACAUGUUGCCAUUGCAGAGUGCGAAAGGCGACUGAGCAAGCAAGGAAGGAGCGUUGUGGUCAUUACUCAGAAUAUUGAUGAGCUGCACAGAAAGGCAGGCACAAAGCACCUCUUAGAAAUUCAUGGUAGUUUAUUUAAAACUCGAUGCACCAACUGUGGAAACAUAGCUGCGAAUUACAAGAGUCCAAUAUGCCCUGCGUUGGCUGGGAAAGGGGCUCCAGAUCCUGAAACAGAAGACGCCGUGAUUCCAGUUGAAGACCUUCCUCAGUGUGAGGAGGAUGGCUGCAACGGGCUCCUCCGUCCCCACGUUGUGUGGUUUGGCGAAACCCUGGAUCCUGACAUCCUCACAGAGGUUGAGAAGGAGCUUGACAUCUGCGACCUCUGCUUGGUAGUGGGGACCUCCUCGGUGGUGUACCCUGCCGCGAUGUUCGCCCCUCAGGUGUCCGCCCGGGGAGUGCCGGUGGCGGAGUUCAACACGGAAGCUACGCCCGCCACCAGCAGGUUCAGGUUUCACUUCCCGGGCCCCUGCGGGAGCACGCUGCCGCCGGCGCUGGCGCGCCACCCGACCGAGAUCAUCGCCUGAGCGCCGCGGGGGCCGGGGGGCUCCCCCCGGCCGUGCCUGUGUGCCCCGCCCCUCCCCCGUUCCAUGUCUGUGUGUCCCGUCCCGUCCCCCCACACCGGGCAAUAAACGGGCGGCCGGUCCCGCCGCGCCCCAGGGCUCCGCCCCCC